GGAAGGCUCACUUAGCCUCUCCUCAUUUCCUAACAAACAAGCUGUGCCGCGACGCCUCUCGCCACACUCGCACAGGACUCUAACCAGGAAGCGGCAGAAGCUUUUGCUCCCAGCUCAGAAAAACAAGGAAAGAUGCCGAGCCAGCUCGAGGGCGCGAUGGACGCACUGAUUUCAGUUUUCUACAACUACUCUGGGAACGAGGGCGACGCAAUGAAGCUCAACAAGGGCGAGCUGAAGGAGCUUUUGAACAGCGAGCUCAAUGACUUCCUCACGUGUCAGAAGGAUCCAAGGAUGGUGGAGAAAAUCAUGAACGACCUGGACUCUAACAAAGACAACGAGGUGGAUUUCAACGAGUUUGUGGUGUUGGUGGCCGCUCUGACUGUCGCCUGCAACGACUUCCUCCAAGAGAAGAAAAAGAAAAGCAAGAACUAAGAAUUAUCUGCUCAAAAACCCACAAAUGUAAAAGCACUGUAAAUCUCCUUCAACUGUUUCAAUAAUAAUAACAAUGUCUCAUCAGUUGAAUAAGUUGUUUUACUAUUCCAGACAGUAUAGGUCACAAAUAAGAUAUAGACUGUUUUAGGCACUGCUUUUCCCAAUUUUCAGCCUGGAGCUGUUAAAGAAGGACUUUGUGAACACACAUCAAGCUUUAGUUAAUAAUCUUUUUUUUUUUUUUACAGUAGAAUGAUGUAACUUGUUUUAUCCCAUUUUUUCUUUUUAUACAUAUGUUAUUCCAGUGGUUGUCACCUUUAAAAUAAUGUUGUCAUCUCAGAUGUCUUUGGGGUGUCUGCUAUUUUCCUUAUCCUUUGUCCUGGCAGACGUCCCGGUCAACGCAUGUUAGAUUAGAAAUGUCAAAUGUUAACAAUCUCGUAUUUUACCCUCGAGGCAGCCUGAUGGUCACUCUCUGAUGCUACCAUUAGCAGAAAAGACUUUUGUCCCCUGUCAGUCAGGUCUCUGUUGUUCUUCUGUUUGUGCUGGUGCAAAGUUAGACUAAUGGAAAAAUAAAACUAGAUGGAUAUUG